GGAGGCGGGGGAGGUAAUGGAAGCGGACCGGAGCAGAACGGACAGCCCCCUGCCGCCGCUCGGCCUCCUCGUGUGGUGGAGACUGAGGAGGACGAAGACGAAGAGCUGACUCUUAAAUACGGGGCCAAGCACGUCAUCAUGCUGUUUGUUCCUGUGACCCUCUGCAUGGUGGUUGUCGUGGCGACCAUUAAAUCGGUCAGCUUCUACACUCAGAACGACGGGCAAAGAUUGAUCUACACACCGUUCCCUGAGGACACGGACACAGUAGGACAAAGAGCCGUCAACUCCAUCCUGAACGCCACCAUCAUGAUCACUGUGAUCAUCGUCAUGACCCUGGUGCUGGUGCUGUUGUACAAGUACCGCUGCUACAAGGUGAUCCAAGGCUGGCUCUUCCUCUCCUCCCUCCUGCUGCUCUUCUUCUUCUCCUACAUCUACCUCAAGGAGGUUUUCAAGACCUACAAUGUGGCCAUGGACUACUUCACCCUGGCGGUAAUCAUUUGGAACUUCGGAGUGGUGGGCAUGAUGUGUAUUCACUGGAAAGGACCUCUGCGGCUCCAGCAGGCCUACCUCAUCAUGAUCAGCGCCCUCAUGGCUCUAGUUUUCAUCAAGUACCUGCCAGAGUGGACCGCCUGGCUCAUUUUAGCCGUCAUCUCUGUCUACGAUCUGUUAGCCGUGCUCUGUCCCAAAGGGCCGCUGAGGAUCCUGGUGGAGACGGCUCAGGAGAGGAAUGAACCCAUCUUUCCAGCGCUCAUCUACUCCUCUACGAUGGUGUGGCUCGUCAACAUGGCCGACACGGAGUGGCCCAAGAGGAACUCGACAGAAGCAGCAACAGCUCAGCAAGAGGCCCCCGAAGGCGUCGCGACCCCGGCUCCCUCCGUUCUGUCACAGGACGACGGAGGUUUCAACCCCUCCUGGGUCAACCAGCAGCAGCACCAGCUGGGGCCGAUCCAGUCCACCGAGGACACCAGGCGGGAGAUCCAGCAGAUGCCGUCAGCUCGUCCUCCUGUUGAUGACGACGACGAGGAGAGGGGCGUGAAGCUGGGACUCGGAGACUUCAUCUUCUACAGCAUGCUGGUGGGGAAGGCCUCGGCCAGCGGCGACUGGAACACCACGCUCGCCUGCUUCGUUGCCAUCCUCAUUGGCCUGUGUCUGACCCUUCUCCUCCUCGCCAUCUUCAAGAAGGCGCUCCCCGCUCUGCCCAUCUCCAUCUUCUUCGGCCUCGUCUUCUACUUCGCCACGGACAACUUGGUGCAGCCCUUCAUGGACAGGCUGGCGCUCCACCAGUUCUACAUUUAGCAGGACGCUGCCCUGGUAACUCUCACCCACAUAGCCCUCCGGCCAACAACACGACCACGGCGGUCCCUUCACAGCCGGGGAACAAAAGGGGCGAUGCGGGGCCUCUCCCGCCCCCACAUCCCCUUCCUAAAGAACUCAUGAUGACGGGACACAAGUUGUUUUUGUUCAGCCUUUUUUUUCCCCCGGCGCCAAGGGAGGGUUUCCCCCUUACGACAGCAGCUGUUCUUAUAUAUUUUAUUUGCGUUUUAAACCAAGAAGUGACAUUUUCCCCGCUCAACUCGGGGGGGGGCUCAUCUUCAAAAUUGCCGAUCAGCGGCCGGUCUCAGGCUCAAUCCAAACGACGAGAAGUCAGCGGGAAUCUUUUUAUUUCAACAGGGAAGCUCGUCUGCUCCUUGUUUUUCUCCGCAGCGCCCUGCUUCACAUUCAUACCGGGGAAGCUUCCCGCAGUCUUCUCCAGCUCGGGCUGUACAGCCGGUGCCUUGCUCAGGGACACCUCGGCGGAAGCUGUUGAGCAACAGGAGAUGAUUUCUUUAAAUCUCCCACUCCGAAGACUUUCAUUUUCAUUUUUACAACCACUGCACCCCCCCAAACUAAAAACCGAGAGUUGAAAGCCUUCACUGCUCUAAAGGACACUGUAAGAUGAUUCUGAUAAUAGAUGUGUAGUUUGAUUGUGUUUGACCUGUCAGUCACCAGACGUGCUUUUCUCACUGCUGUCAAAAAAAAUGAAGACGUGUUUUUUCCCCCCACCUUAAGACACAUGAAACCAGCGCUCUGAGACUGGAGCGAUUUAACACCACCCCCCCCCCCCCCCAAAAAAAAAAAUGUUCUCACGAUCAGAAAUGUGGAAAGAUUUACGUCUCUGGAGUAAAAUAUGAGUGUUAUUGUGACGCUGACUCAUCAGAGAUUUCACACAUUAUCUUGUAUUUUAACCCAAAGGCAUGUUUGAACACACAGCGUGCAGAGGGAGAAAAGUUCACACACACACACACACACACACACACACACACACCUGAGACUUGCCUGCCGUGUCAGCCGUGUACUGUCAGCCACUGAGCAGUUCUGCUGGAGCAGUCGGAGGUUCAGUGCCUUGCUCAAGGGCAUUUUUAGUCGUCGUCGUCGUCGUCGUCCUUAUCGUGUGACAGAAAUGUGCUUUUCAUUUUUCUUCCCGCACUGUGUUGUUGUUUUUUUUACGACCUUCUCCUACAGGGAUUGUAACCAUGUGAUCAUCUGGUCACAAACUCUGAACCUUUAGGCUACAGCCGCCCUCAUGACGCUUGCCUGGUGCUGUCUGGAACUAUGCUACAUCAAACCUGAAAAACGAUUUCCACUACACACAGAUACUCGUUUUUUCCUUUUUCGAGAUAUGCAUACGAUAAACUUUGUACUUUUUGAAACAUGGUGGUAAAUGUUUGACGGGGGUUUCUACACGGAUCAGAAAAAAUCAUCUUUGACAGAAAUGCUGUCUAAGUUUAGAAUAAGGAAUAAAAACUCUGAGUUGUGAUGAAUGUAGCUGAAGUUCAAUUUGAUCCUGAAGACAGAUCGAGCUUUAUUUGCCUAACUGCGUUUGAAUCAAGUUAAAAACAAACCAAAACGCUUCAAUGAGGUUUAAAAUAACAGUUUUGUUUCUGUGAGAAAAGAUAAGUGUAAGAACCCAAACUCUCUGGCUUCUCGUUCAUGUUUGAUCGAUGGGGGGAGGAGCUGCACUGAUUGCUCUUUGGUUGUAGUUGCACUCGAGGUUAACACUCGCAGAG